AUGUUUUCGUGUGUGGUGGCUGGGCGCUUGCCGCUGCCUCCGCCGCAGCAAAUUGACGAAACCCAUGCGGUGUUCCAGCUUGAUGCAGCUGACCAAAUCAAUCACAUCGUGGUCUUCAUGACGGGCGAGCAGCCUUUUCCAGAAGGGUACGGAGCUACUGUGCAUUUAAUGUGGCCCAAGGACCCAGGAUCGCAAGCCCCAUCCCAAUGGCAACUUCUGGGCUGCCUACAGAAUACAAAACCAUCUGCCAUUUUCCGGAUUCGUGAUCCGAAACGCGAGGCGGCCGCAGUGCCAGGUAUGACUCGCACAGCUACGUUGGGCAUUAGCAUUGAAGCAUUGGCAGAUGUGGAACGCCAAAUGCAGAGUUUGACAGGCAAUGCCCCCCCUGCUACAUCUACACCUAACCAAGCUUCCCAGUCGUUAGCUCUGGCUGCGAAAACUAGCCCAGAUUCGCUCUUGCAACAAGCCUCUGCGUUGGCUGCUCCGAUUGCGCAAAAUGUAUUUGACUACCUCUCUUCCUUUGCCCCAGACUCAGCGCCACAGGCUGUACCGCUUCUGCAGCGCUGGCUAGAGCAAUUCCAGCGCAAGUUGCAAUCGCAGGGCAUUGAAUAUAUACUCAAGUCUACCUCGUGA